CGCCGGGUACCGCCCAUGGCCCCGCCCGCACGAACCCCGCGCCCGCCUCCGCACACACGCACUUCCCGCCACGCCUCCUCGCGGACCUCCACCGAGCCCCGCGGAGCCCAGCAAAGCGAGCCAGGAGCGAUGGACGGCCGAGUGCAGCUGAUCAAGGCCCUCCUGGCCCUGCCCCUCCGGCCCCAGGCGCGUCGGUGGAGGAACCCCAUUCCCUUCCCCGAGACGUUUGACGGCGACACCGACCGGCUCCCGGAGUUCAUCGUGCAGACGGGCGCCUACAUGUUAGUGGACGAGACCCUGUUCUCCAGCGAUGCCCUGAAGGUGACGUUCCUCAUCACCCGCCUCACCGGGCCGGCCCUGCAGUGGGUGAUCCCCUACAUCAGGAAGCAGAGCCCCCUCCUCAACGAUUACCGGGGCUUCCUGGCCGAGAUGAAGCGGGUCUUUGGCUGGGUGGAGGACGAGGACUUCUAGGCCGGGAGCCCCUCGGGCCUUGGGGGCGGGUGCUCGGGGGAGGGUCCGCUGCGCCAGUCGCCGCCGCCCAGAUGGCCACGGGCGUCCUCCCGCCGCGCCUCCUCCCUCCCUCACCUUCGAGUCGCCGCGAUCUCCCCCGCGCUCGCGUCCCCUCCCGCGUAGUGCUUGCCUUUGUUCCAGGAAUAGCGCUCCAGGUUCCCGCUGCCGCCGCCGCUGCCGCCGCCGCCGGGCCUGGCUCUGGGGCGGCCGCCGCCCUCUCCGGCCAGCCCGGCCCCUCCCAUGCACACUUGGACUCGGUCCUGCGCUCCAGCUGCAAGCCGGGCUCCCGUUACACACGGGACAGACCACCCACGGCCCGGCCGCUGCCAGCCGCCCGCCCCCUGCCCGACUGCCAGGCCCGCAUCCAGGUGCCCAGAGACCUUCGCUGCCACUGCCGCUGCCAUCCCGGUCCACCGCGUCCCGCCGACACACUACAGCCUUCAGCGGUCCGGACUCACCCGGGAGGUAUCUGAGCUG